GGAACGGUUUCUCCGCAGUGACGCGCAAACUGCCGGCGACGGCGUAGCCUACACAGCUGAAUCGCCUGCGGGAGACACGUUUCCGUCCAAUAUUCUCUCUUCCCGAUCCCCUCGACUUUUUCCCCUCUUCUUGUUCCCGUCUUGUUGUCGGCCGGUCCUCCAUUUUCGCGGUCGCAUUCACGAUUAAAUCGAUUUCGUAACUGCAUCGAUCGCGAAUAUUGGCCGGGCUCGUGCCGCGGUCUCCACGCUCGGAUUAAUCCGAAUCGAUAAUCCCGUAUCUCUUGUAGACGCGUCCUUGACAAACAAUCGGCACAACGCAACGGUCGAGAAUCAUCAUCCCCUAUUCCACUCGGUGUCGUUAAAUAACGUUCGACUCCGUCUCUCGCAUCUUCACGGCUAUCGUUCCUACUCUCUUCCUCUCUUUCUCCGCGUCCCUCCUACAGACCCUAUCCCCCUCCCGCUCCGAUUCGCCUCUGGCACCUGUUUUUACCGUAAAACGUUUUGCAAAGUUGGGGAGAAAAAAAGAAAAGUUGAGAGGAGAACGGAACGGAACGGAACGAAACGAAACGGGAGCGAUCGUACGAAAAAAAGAGGCGACAAGCGAGGGUUGUUACGGCGAUUACCGUUACCGUUUGACCAUGUUCGAUACGGAGAAAUUUAUCGAGGAAAUAGAGAAACGACCGGCGAUUUACGAUGUGAAUCGUAGCGAGUACAACGACCGUAACGCCAAGAUGACCGCGUGGGACGAGGUCUGCCAGGUGAUGGUACCGAAUUGGGCGCGCUUGACGGACGAGGAGAGAAACGUAGAAGAAAAGAAUUUACGCGGGAAAUGGAGGAACAUCCGUGACUACUUCAUGAAGGAGCUGAAACUGCAGAAGUCACAGAAACUGGGAUCGUCCAGUCGCAAACGGAAGAAAUACAUGUACUUUGAUCAACUGCAGUUCCUUAUGCCAACGGUGGACAAUAAACGGAACGUCGGGAUAGGGUUAAAUAAUUGUAAAUCCGAAGAAAGCGAGGGCGAAGUUGAUAACCCGGUGAUCGAGGAAUACGACGUGCCGUUGGCCCACGCUGCUCCUCCCAUGGCGACGGGCAGGGAGUACCUUCAGCCUCCAUCGUACAAAAUGUGUCCCCGUUACCCGAAACAACUUUGCGAGACGUCGUUCACGUCCUUCGAUAAUGAGAUUCACGAUAUGCUGUCGUCACACAGCAGCCAACGGGUCGCCUACGACGAGGACGACUACGACAAAAUGUUCCUGCUCUCUUUAUUGCCUAUCAUAAGACAAGUGCCGGAAGAGAAGAAGCUGGACGUGAGGAUACAGAUACAACAGGUUCUCGCUCUGGCUAUACGUCCACCGGAUACUUGACGACCAGUGCAAGAGCUAAGCCACAAUAGUAACGUUCCGAGAUCUGGAGGUUUUUGCAAAAAGUUCACUAGAGAUUGUAUCAGUAAGGUUUUAAGUCUUUUAUUUAAGAAACGUUUAUUUAAAAGUUUGAAAGUACUACGAGAAGAAUUUUAUAUAUCUCAUUUUUACGUAUAUUCUUCGUCGCUAUCUGCUCGUGGUUUACAAUUCAUUGUUUUGUAAACAUUGUGGUAUAUAGAUGAAAUGAAGAAUAACACAGAAGUUACAUCCUUGAAUUUCGCUAACAUCGGUCGUUAAGCGAAAGUAAUGUGUGGCAUAGCUCUCUCUUGCACCGAAAUUUUCACACGUAAAGAAGAUAACUGUUAAUAGUACACAAGAAGAAAUACACGCAAAAAUUUUGCCAUGUAAUUAUAACGUGGGGGAUAAUGACUAGACAUCAAGAGGUAUCAGAAUGAAUAAAUAUCACGUUUUUCAGUAGUUUGUGGCUUAGCUUCCUCUUGCACUGGAUCCCUCAAUUAAAGACGAUAAUUUCAGUUGCGUCGAUGGACGAUCGUUGUUAUUUAUAAGGUUUAGCGUUAGUGACCGGUGCGUACGUUGCGGGUACACUAUCGGUCGCCGAGACGUCUCGCUGAUUUAUCGCGAGAAACACGAUAUUCCCAUUAAUUUCGAUGACGUGGGCAACAAUAUUUACCUAUCGCACUUGUUCCGAGGUGUUCGAUUUUGUAGCAACACCGGCUAAUUAAGUAUCGGCCGCGUUUCGGUUACGUUGACUUCGAUAAUUGGUUAACGACAACGUGGAUUGCGAACCGAUCGCGUCACCGAUACGCCGCUGAGAUGGAGACCGUUUCUGGGACGUAGUUUUAUAGGGGCAGAGCACGAUUUACGGAUUACACUUCGAGUACCUAUACCUGUGAUAUUACACAAGGAGAACUCCUUUCGAAAGAAAUACGGUAAAUAGAAAUAGAAAUUUAUGUAACGCGGCGAUGUUACUGUAACGGAGCCGCGAUGCGGUCAAUCCUCGCGCGUGAGAUCGGUACUUACAUGUAUUUUCGUAACUUGAAAUAAAAUGUUAAUCAUAUUUUAUCGAUACCCUUUGGACGCGGAAAUGUGUGAAAAUUGUUGAGAAAUAAUUGUGUGAAGAACAACGUAGCGAGUAACGUUACUCAUAGUCGAUACAAGAUCCGUUUGUGUUGAGAGAUGCGCGAACAGAUGGCAGCAUCUGUACCUCGCGCUCGAAUUUCUCGUUUACCGUAUAUCGACAAAGAAGUACUUAAUUUAGGAGAUCGAACUAAAUUUCGUUUCAACUCGAUUCGGUUUAUUUGUCACUUGUGUACUGUGUAUUUGUAAUAAUACUUAUCAACAGACUGUGGAUUUUGUUUCGCAUUUCAUUCGUAGCUUGAUAAUUCACGAAUUGAAUUAAUAUAGAAUAUUAUUUCUUACAUAAAAAUAAUUUCGAUAAGCUAAAGAUAAUAUAACGAAAAAUUCCAUCAAUACAUACAAACUCGCAGUCUGCUUGUUAUCGAUUAUGUGUAUUAAUUUACCAAUAAUUAUUUGCGAGUUUUUUA